AUGGGAAAAGUUAGGAGAAGAGCUUCAUGGAUCAUUGACAAUUUUUUGCUGCAAAGCAACGCUCCGGUUCUUGAAACGUUGCAUCUCAGCCUUUUAGGAAUCUAUGAAGAUGAACCUGAAGUUUAUGAAAAUUGGGUUAAAGCAGCAGUCGCUCGCCACGUGCGUGAUCUUGAGCUUGUUCAUUUAUAUCCCCAGCCGUUCCCUAGGAUACUCUACACAUGUCAAACCCUUGUGGCUUUGCGUCUCCAACAAGUAUUCAUUGUGGAUGUUCCUUCUACAGCUUGUUUCCGGUUCCUCAAGGAUUUGUCUCUUCUACGUUUCUGCUUCUCAAGCAGUGAAACCUUUUCUAGGUUUCUAUCCGCCUGCCCUAAUCUUGAAACACUGAUGGUCCGUCGAUGGGGGGACAACAACUUGAAUACUUUCAAAAUUGAUGUGCCAUCAUUGAAGAGCUUACGCGUUUACUUGCAUCAAACUGGAUUAUCCAAGGAAAAAUAUAAAAAUUACUGCGGGUUUGUGAUCAGUGCUCCUUCCUUAAAGACUUUAAAGAUUGAUGCUAACUCUAGCGAGAUUUGUUCAGUCUCGAAUAUGCCCGAGCUAGUGAAAGCUGAAAUCAACCUUAAAAAUGGGGACUCUAAGCUUCUCGGAUGUUUGAGCUCAGCCAAACACCUUACUUUAUGUCUUGAACUAAAUUUGGAUGGAUAUCUUACAAGCGACUUCAAUCAGCUGGUGUCUCUCGAGCUAUGUACUAUAUGCUCUCUAGAUUGGAUCUGUCUUAUACUCAAACAUACUCCUAAGUUGCGAGCUCUCAAGUUAAGACAAAUAUGCUACGGCUCUUUCAGAGAUCUUGGAAACCGGUGGGAGAAACCAAGUUGUGUUCCUGAAUGUUUGAUUUCGAGCCUGGAAACUGUUGAGUGGGAUGGUUACCAAGGAAAAGGAGUAGAGAGACAUGUGGCGAUAUACAUUUUAGAGAAUGCGAAGCGCCUAAAGACAGUGGCUAUUAUACCCUCCGAAUCCAUCAUGUUUGAGGAGAAACUCAAGAUGGUGAUUAUUUAG